AGCAGGAGGCAGCCAGCGGGCACAGCUCGGCAAAGAGAAAAGAGGAAGAGGAAGAAAAGAAGAAGAAGAAAAAGAAAAUUGCCCACCAUGAAUGUUCAGCCAACGGUUGUCACUCAGCCACAGGUGGUGGUGAUGGUCCAGCCCAACAGAAACCAUUGGCAAACAGACUUAUGUGACUGCUUUAGCGAUUGUGGAGUCUGUCUCUGUGGAUUGUUCUGCUUCCCUUGUUUGGCAUGCCAAGUUGCUGCAGCUAUGAACGAAUGCUGCUGCUGUGGCCCAACUGUUGCCAUGCGAGCUGUCUACAGGACAAAAUACAAUAUCCCUGGAUCCAUCUGUGAAGAUACCUGCGUUGUGGAGUGUUGCUCCGUUUGUUCCCUCUGCCAAAUCCAGAGAGAUAUCAAUAGAAGGAAAGCGAUGGGGAUAUUCUAGAAGACUUCAUCCUAAACUCCUUUACAUUUGUCCCUUUUUUUCAUUAGAAUUCUGAGAAGUAAGAUGCGUUAAAGUAGCUUGUAGGAAGAACCAUUAUUUAGAGGCACCCUUGCUUUAUUCUUUAACCCAGAAAUUAAAUUUUAGUAGUGAUUCAGAGCUCAAAAUCCAGUCACAGAAAAACUUGCUUUUGUUUGUCCUGUCCUGUCCUUUGAUUUUUCUUCCUAUUUCUUUUAAAAUGGAAAAGAAAAAAAUUUGGUUGCUGUUGCUAUUAAACAAAUAGGGGGGGAAAAACCCUACUAGACCUUUGAAAAUUUAUUCAUGGAUCUACCCUUCUGCCUUUCCUGUUUUAAGGCUACUGGUGAUUUUGGUUUGCAAGAUGUAAUCACUGGAGAAUAUAAGGUAAAAUUAGCCAUAACCAGCUUACCUGAAAGUGUUUGUUCUCCAGAAGCAGGCGACUACUUGGCUAGGACUACUGGAGCUCUUAAUAAAAGGAAC